ACGAACGACAGAAAGCUGGCACAAAGUCCACAACAACCUCUGCAGUGCUCGAUCUCUUAUCACAGUUCUAAUAAAAAUACAUAUUUUUCAGGAAAAUGUUCUUGCCAAUUGUCCGGAGAUUCCCUCCUCUGCUUCUCCGGGGGAGCAAUAGAUUCGCCUCGACGGGUUUCGUUAAAACUGAGGUGGAUGACAAGACUGGCAUUGCUGUGGUGUCAAUGAAUAGACCCCGAGUGAAUAGCCUGAACCUUGACCUCCUCCGGGAUAUGUCUUCAGCGCUGGAUGCUGUGGAGAAGAAUAAAUACUCCGGAAUGAUUUUGACUUCAUCCUUUGAGACAGUCUUUUGUGCUGGUCUGGACAUCACUGUAAUGCAUAGACCCGAGGAAGCAGCCUUCAGGGAGUUCUGGACAACAUUCCAGGAUGUUUGGGUGAAGCUGUUCAAUUCAUCCUUCCCCACGGCAGCUGCAAUCAAUGGACACGCCCCCGCUGGAGGAUGCCUCUUGGCCAUGAGCUGUGAAUACCGGGUGAUGAGACCAAACUUCACAAUUGGGCUCAAUGAGACGCAAGUUGGAAUUGUUUCACCUCUCUGGGUGAUGGCUACAAUGAACAACGUCCUUCCGCGUCGUGAAGCAGAGAUGGCCAACACCCUCGGGACAAUGUUCAAGACGGAGGAAGCCCUCAAAAUCGGACUAAUUGACGAGAUUGCAGACACAAGAGAAGAAGCAAUCGCUAAAUGCACCAAAUUCCUCCAGCUCUUUGCAAAAGUGCCCAAAACAGCCCGAGCCCUGACCAAGCAAUCCUUCCGGAGGAAAUACUUUGAGACACUGGAUCGUGAACCGGAUUUCUGGGCCUUCUUCAACCACAUCCGCAAGCCGGAGAUUCAAAAGCAUUUGGAUAUGUAUAUGGAAAAGCUGAAGAAAAAGUAAUAGAAAAGAUUUGUUUUUAUUCGGUAAUAA